AAGACUGACGAGAUGUUAAAGUUGGACGAAAUAGAAUGUAAGAACGUGUCCAAGAAAUUGAGGAAAAAUCUAGAGGACAAGAAAAAUAAGUGUCACAAGAAGAAUAAGCAUACCACUAGCAGUGGACGCAAGUUGAGAAGCAGCAUGGAACAGCAUGUUGUUUGCAAGGAAGAACCUGAGGAAGAGAAGACGUCGAUAGAACUGCUGUAUCUCACAAAGGAUCCUAUAGCCUCUAACGUUUCUUGUAAAUUGGAAGUGGAACCAUCCGUUUCCAAUGAAAACGAUUAUAUCUUGGUACCUCCAUUGGAAAGCCUAAAAGACGCAGGAGUUAGUAUGGAGGAAUUAUUGGAACAAAGUAUGAAUGAGAUCUCUAAAAAUCAAAAGAACAAUAGAUGGAAGCACAGUUACAAGAUGAUAUUCUUGCGAAAGUGUUUGGCUAAUGGUAAUCAAUCAACAGAGGAUGAAAUCAAUCAGAGUACGUCCUCUGAAAUACAUGAGCGUAUUCCUAAGAUUGAGGAUUUUACAUAUGAAAAUUCUGGAAAAAUCAAAAGGGACCAAAAAUGGACGAGGAAAUUGAAUCCUCUAUCCUUGCAUUAUACGGAUAAGAAUAGACCCUAUUUAAAGUGCUCAGCUUGCGGCGCAACCUUCUUCAGUCCGAAUACGUAUCAAAGGCAUCUAAUCUCUCACGUUCACGAAACUGCAGAGAAUUAUAUGUGCAAUUUUUGUAAUUAUACAAACACAGAACUCGGAAUGUUAUUUGCUCACUUGACUAAGCAUCAAAACCAAUGUGAAUUCUGCAAUGAGAAUCUGUUGCGCAAGGAUAAUUACGAAAAGCAUCAGCGCUCAAGCAGUUCGUUGGAGUUUUCAUUAAAGCGCGAUCAUCACGGAAUGUUUGUCUGCGCGAUUUGCGAAUUGGUGUUCGAUCUGUCGGCUCAAUUAGAAAAACACUGGUUUAAACAUACCUGCAAGAGACGAAAAUCCUAUCAGUGUAAUGAGUGUAGCGGUAUGUAUGAAAAUAUGGAGACCUUGAAGAAUCACAUAUGCUUGAAGUGUCCCAUUUGCGGCGAGGUCUACGAAAGUCUGCACAGAUUGAAAACACAUACAAGGUGGACGAAACAUAAUCUAAAGUGCCCGAUCUGUUCCUAUGAAUUUGUUCUCUCUAUGGACCACAAAAAACAUAUGGCCCUACACAGAAAGGUUUAUCAGCCUAUGAAAGAUUACACACACUGUUUACGCGCAGCCGAUGGCAAGACAUUUCAAUGCAAUCUUUGCGAUAAGAUAUUUUAUGCCUUACCUGCUCUUUUCACGCAUCUUACAGAAGAGCAUGAUGCGGGAAACGUAAAAACGGAAGAAGCAAUGGAAGAUGAUAAUUACGAACUGAAAGGAGACGCUAUUAAUAUCGUUGUAGUUCCUGACUUUAAAGAGACCGAUGAUUGUGAUUAUUUCGACAACUGUGACGAUAUUGAUCCUUUGCAACAGGAUACCGAUCUCUAUGAUCCAUCAUAAAAUACGAGAAUACCGAUCCGCUUGUGAGAGCUGAAUUGUAAAAAUAAAAGCAACACAUUUCUCCUGAGAAAAAUUGGAGCUUUUGUUGUCAAUCAACUUCUCAAGGAUUCUCAUAAUAUUAAUACUCAAAUCGGACUACCAAAUGAAAAACUGAUAAAAUUGUAAGUGCCGUUUACAAGUUAUAGAUAUGUAACUUAUGUAUAAAAUGUUAUUUUUAAAUGUGUAUCAAUUGCUUUAGAAUUUGAUAUCAAUUUAUACAAAACGUUAAUUUUACACAAAUCAUAUAUCGUUCUUUUUUUUGUUAAGCAAAAUAUAUUGAUGAGAAGUUAAUUAAACACAUAUUUUAGCAAUUUUAAAGUAGACGUUAACGAAAUAUGCAUGAAACGAUCAAAGUAAUCGAUAUCGUUUAAUAAAUUUAAUAACUAUUUCGCCUGUGUUACUCUGCAUUGAUGCACAUUAAAGAGUUUUGUAUGUUAUAUAAAAUUCUUUAAGUAAAAAAGUCUAGCAUAUCCAAUGAUCAAUGAAAUAUUCCAUACAUAUUUUAGACAAAAUAUGUGUAGCAUUUCAUUGAUCAAAGUCAUACAAGCAUUUCUAAUAAAAUAAUUUUAUAUAUAAUGUAGUCUUUAAUAUGCAUCAAUGUGAGAAUUCAAAUUAUUAUCGAAAAAUUUAGGAACACAACUUUAAGAAAUUAUUGACAUUAAUGAUCGUAAUCUUGAUAUAUUUUAUGAAUUUUAGAAUAGGAAGUUAUAAUAAUUUGACCAACUGUUUAAAAAUUUACAGUUGUUUGAUCAAUAAUUUAUUAGAUAAUUGAAAAGAUGUACUUUAGAAAAUAUGAUUACAUCUUUUAUUAAUUCUGUCUUAAUGUUUUUUUUCUGAAAUGGAGUGUUUGCAAAUAAAAUAAGGAUAAUUUAGAGAUAAAUCUG